AUGGCACAAACUUCGCCAGUAGAUGAUCAUAGUUCUUCUAUGAUUGAGCAACCUGUAGGAGAUAUUGUCUCCGAUUGUACAUCUCGUGCUCGUCCCGACGCCAACCCAGAGCACCAUCGUCUUCAGGGUCGAUAUUGUCGAUUGGAAUUACUCAAUUCCAAUACCAGUUCUACCACCAUCAAACAGCUCUAUGACGCAUUUAAACCAAUGGAACAAACUCAUUUCACUUAUUUGGCAUAUGGACCGUUCGAGACAGUCGAUCAAUUCGUCGAAUUCAUUCGCAAGAAGGAACUGCCUAGUAGUAACACUAUAUUGUAUAGUAUCAUAGUGAAUGAUCGAGCAGUUGGCUUUCUUAGUUAUUUGAGAAUCAAAGAACAUCAAGCUACAAUCGAGAUUGGACAUGUGAACUUCAGCCAACAGCUGGUGCAUACUCGACAAGGGACUGAAGCAAUUUAUUUGUUAUUACAACAUGCCUUCGAUACUCUCGGCUACAGACGAGUAGAAUGGCAAUGUUAUUCUCUGAACGCCAAUUCACGUAAAGCAGCAUUAAGAUUAGGUUUUCAAUAUGAAGGUACAUGGUUGAAAGCAUGGAUCUGUAAAGGUCGAUCAAGAGACAAUGUGUGGCAUAGUAUUGUGGACGAUGAAUGGCCGCUAGUGAAACAGGAAUUCGAACGAUGGCUGAAUGAAGACAAUUUCGAUGCCAAUGGACAACAAUUGACGAGACUGAAUGCGGCACAAGUCAAUCCGCGUAGAAAUAAAUUAUCGGCAUAG